ACAGCUGACGACUUGACCUGUGUUGAAGUCUUCCUCUUAUCCGAGUCCAAUGUUCAUUAAAAUACCCGGUUCUUAGUGUUCAGAGAUGCAAUAGUCAUAGCUGAAAAUAAUCAUCAAGCACUGAUUUUCCAUGGCAACUCUUCAGCUCCUCAAAACACAACACUCUCUGUUUGUGCUUGUUUUUCUUCUUCAGUUCUCAUCACUGUUGUUCCCCUCACACGGGUACAAUCUUCCAGAUAAGUACUUCAUCAAUUGUGGAUCAGAUGUUGAUGUUACUGAAAGUGGUCGCGUUUACGUUGGAGAAUCAAACCCAAUAGCCAGCUUUAGCAGCAGCAACAAAGAAAGCACACAGUCAUCAGUGCCUUCUCCUCUCUACCAAACAGCAAGGAUUUUUCGAAAACAAUCUUAUUAUGAGUUCAGUGCCGACACAAAUGGGACCUACCUGGUACGCCUUCAUUUCUUUGCUUUCACUUCCCAAUCUAACCUAUCCUCGGCUAGGUUCAAUGUUUCGGUUCCUGGGUUUUGGUUGUUGCAAAAUUUCAAUGCCGGAAAUAAUAGCAACUCUGCUUUAGUAAAAGAGUUUUUCAUGAAAAUCACAGACCACAGAUUCAAAAUCAUUUUCACACCACUGGCACAAUCAUUUGCGUUUGUGAAUGCUAUAGAACUCUUCGUACUCCCUCUCUAUUUGAUCUCCGAUCUUGUCUCAAGUUUCACUUACGGCACUCAGAGAAACUUAACUAGUUACAAUGGCUUGCUCUCGCAUGCGUUGGAGACCAAACACAGGCUUAACGUUGGUGGAGAAAAUGUCACAAGGAGCAACGAUAAUUUAUUGAGAAACUGGUUUCCAGAUGAUAGUUAUCUCAGUAAUCCAGGAAACGCGGAGAAUAGUUCAUACUCGGGUCAAAUUAAGUACCAUGUAGAUGAUAACUCUGAUGGUCCAAACUCAAAUCAAUUUACUGCGCCAAGAGAAGUCUACCAAACUGCUAAAGUGAUUAAUAACAAUUCUUCCAGUGCAGGAGGCUCUAACCUUUUAAACAUAACUUGGGGUCUUCCUGUGGACAAUAAUACAUAUCAUCUUGUUCGGCUUCAUUUCUGUGACUUAUGGAAUAUACAGCCUGGUCUUACAACCUUCAAUCUGUCCAUUUAUGACAGCCUUGUUACGGUGGUCAAUAGUGACAUAAACGUGUAUAACCAGUUGCCUGCACCUUAUUAUUAUGAUAUUGUGGUUCACUCUGAUGAUUCUGGGCUCAUAAAGAUCAGUGUAGAACCUAAUUUAGCAUCUGCUCAUGGACCGUAUGCUUUUCUAAACGGGCUUGAAAUAAUGAAACUGAUUGAUUCAUCAGAAAUAAUUGUUCCCCUUGACGAAUCCAAGCAUAAUCUUCUUCCAGUGGUGCUGGGUUCAGUUGCUGGAGGUUUAGUCCUGCUUUCUGUCGUGGUAGUUGGGUUUCUUUGGUGUCUUAAAUUCAGGAAUCAAAGGCCUGUUGAGAAUUCAGAUUGGUUGCCAAUUCCAGUUAAUGCAGGAGGGAGUUCUCACAGCAGAUUGACUGAGGGAACCAUCCAAGGCUCCCCUCUCCCAAACAUAAAUCUUGGGCUGAAAAUUUCCUUGCAUGAUCUUCAAUCGGCAACAAAGAACUUCGAUGCGAAGCAGAUUAUUGGGAAGGGUGGUUUUGGCAAUGUCUAUAAGGGGGUUCUCAAGAAUGGGAUGAGAGUGGCUGUGAAAAGAAGUGAGCCAGGGUCAGGUCAAGGCCUUCCAGAAUUUCAGACAGAGAUCAUGGUUUUGUCCAAGAUUCGUCACAGGCACCUUGUUUCCUUAAUUGGGUAUUGUGAUGAAAGGUAUGAGAUGAUACUGGUUUAUGAGUACAUGGAAAAAGGGACACUCAGAGACCAUUUGUACAAUACAAAUUUGCCAAGCUUGUCUUGGAAGCAAAGGCUUGAAAUUUGUAUUGGAGCUGCCAGAGGUCUUCAUUACCUUCACAAAGGAGCAGCUGGGGGAAUCAUUCACCGUGAUGUAAAGUCAACCAACAUAUUGCUUGAUGAGAACCAUGUGGCUAAAGUUGCUGACUUUGGCCUUUCAAGGUCAGGUCCUCUUGAUCAUCAACCAUAUGUCAGCACAGGUGUUAAAGGCACUUUUGGGUAUCUUGAUCCUGAGUAUUUUAGGUCGCAACAGCUGACAGAAAAAUCUGAUGUUUAUUCAUUUGGGGUAGUUCUUCUGGAAGUGUUAUGUGCAAGACCAGCCAUAGACCCGUCUCUUCCAAGGGAGCAGGUGAACUUGGCUGAGUGGGGAAUGCUUUGCAAAGACAAGGGGAUACUCGAUGAGAUCAUUGAUCCUUCCAUCAAGGGCCAAAUAGAUCAAAACUCACUCAGGAAAUUUAGUGAGACAGUUGAAAAAUGCUUACAAGAAGAUGGUUCUGAUAGGUCAUCCAUGGGUGAUGUGUUGUGGGACUUGGAGUAUGCGUUGCAGCUUCAGCGAGGUGCAAUACAUAGAGAGCCACAUGAGGAUAGUUCUAGCAGUGCUUCUGCAUCAAUUCAAUUGCCUAAUGUUCGGCGUCUUCCCUCCCUCUCCACACUAAGUGAAAUGGAUGACUUUUCCAUAGUGAGAGGUGAUGAAUCCGACAGUGCAGUGGAUUCAGUUUUCUCGCAGUUGAAAAUUGAUGACGCCAGAUAGAAUAUCAAGCCUUUCAAGGCACAAUAAAGUAUUCUCAAGUGUCUGAAGUGGAGUAGCAGGUUUUUAGAUAGCUUGCUUAGCUGUUUUGAUCUUUCUUUUUUUUUCUUUUUCUUUUCCCCCAAGUUAUGAUUAUCUGUCUAUUCUCGAUUAAAUAAAGUUAUGAAAGAAAUUGUAAGAUAAAUGAUGAUUAGUCUAUUCCCGAUGUUUGCAAUAGAUUAUUG